AUGGCGUGCAUUACAGAAGCAUCUCGACCCGCUGGUCUGAAGCUGUUUCAGAACAUGGAAAUCACUAGCAUGAUGGUCUCGGACGUCACCAACAUGCAGGUACGAAGAGAGACAGACACUGAGUUGAAAAUUGAAGGUUCUGUCCAGUUCGACAGAGUUUCGUACGACGAGAUCGUAAACGCGGGCAAUGAAAUUCAUGAGAAGUUCCAGGAUGCCGUGAAAAUCAAUUGGAUUGAUAUCCUGAACCAACUAGACCCCAUUCUUCCUCCAGAGCUGAACAAAACAGCUGAGAUUGAGCCGAUUAUUAAACCAAGCCCUGAGACGAUCCAUUGCGAACCCGAUACGUGUCCCUCGUUUGCCAAUUGCAAGGCUUCCACGCAGGGCAAACCUCCUUCGUGCCAAUGCAAAACGGGAUGGGUUGAUCUGUCUACAGAAUUACCUGGCCGAGCCUGUGCAAUGAUCCUCGGUUUGGUGAUCGGGAUAAGUGCGUUCAUGGCCAUAACAUUUUUGGUUGCCUAUGGACUCAUCAAGUAUUAUCGCAAACGUGACAGAAGGCUAGUGGAUCUUGCGUGA